ACCCCACUAAUUACAUCAUUGUUCCUCUUCUCUUCUUGGCUUUCUGAUAGAAAAGCUAUAGCAUCUAUGAGUUCCGUAAGCAAAGCUCUUUCCUCUAAUGAUAUUUCCACUGAAGAGAGUGGUUGGACUAUGUAUUUUGAGGACUUCUUCAACAACCAUGAUGAUAACCACAAGUGUUCUAUGUCUUUUUCUGGUGUUGCCACCUCCUCCUACCAUGUCUCUGAUGCUUCUUCCAUGGUUGCUAAAAAAUUUGCUCAUAGUAAACAGGUUGAGGAGUUUUCUGUGAAUAAAAAUGGUAAGAGAUCAAGUUUCAAGAAGAGGAAGAACAUCAUAACAGCUUUGGUUGAAGAUGCUUUGGAAGACACUGCAACUUCUCCUCUCAAUAGUCCCAAGGAGAAAGGCAAUACCUCAAGACAAAGAGAUGAGCAAAAAGAAUUGAGUUUCAAUGGAAGGGAUAGUGACUGCACAGAACUAAAGAAAAGAGAGCUUUGCGUAGUUCCUUUUUCAAUGGUAGCAAACUAUCUAGGUUGA